AUGCAGAUUUUCUUGAAUUGUGGCUUGAGUGGCACUCAAUUAGUCAGUGUUGACUCAAGAACCAGUAUAGCUGAUCUUAAACUUCGCAUUUAUGAAGUUACUGGAAUUCCUACAGAUCUUCAACAACUGAAUUUUGGCUUUAUAUCAUCUCUGAAUGAUGAUGAGCUAAUAUUGGAGUCAGGUUUGACGAACUUAUCUACAGUCUUUGUAACUAUGCCACUACUUGGUGGUGCAAAGAAGAAGAAGAAGAAUUUCGCAAAACCAAAGAAGAUUAAACAUAAGAAAAAGAAAGUGAAGUUGGCUGUAUUGAAAUAUUACAAAGUCGAUGGAAAUAAGGUUGUGAAACUAAGGCGUGAAUGCCCAGCUGAGACAUGUGGUGCAGGGGUAUUUAUGGCUCAGCAUUUUAAUAGGAUAACCUGUGGACGCUGCAGUCUUACAUAUUUCCCAACAAAGGGUGAUAAUUUGGCCAAUUAG